GCUUAGUCACGAUAGGCGACGGGCUGCUGACCACCACCACCACCCCUCCUCGCGCGCCCCAUCAUGCUCAUCAGCAAGCUGCACAAAAUCUCUCUCCUGGACCAGAAGCCGCGCUUCGAGUCGGAGCACGGGAGCAUCCAGAGCAUCACCGCCGACUCGCUGCCGGUGCUCAAGAACCUGUCGAUCGAGCGUGUCGUGCUCAAGCCCAACGCGAUCCGGAGCCCGCGAUGGCUCGUCAAUGCCAACGAAAUGGGCUUUGUGCUCAAGGGCAAGGCGCUCGUCAGCAUCCUGGGCACCAGCAACAACUUCAACGCCUUUACCCUGACGCAGGGCGAGAUGUUCCACGUCAAGAAUGGGGCGCUGCACCACAUUGAGAAUGCCGCCGACGACGACCUCGAGCUCCUCAUCGCCUACAGGCACGAGCGGCCAGUCGACUUUGGCCUGGCCAACUCCUUUGCCGCCUUUACGCCCGCCGUCAUUGGCAACACCUACGACCACGACAUGCGGGACUGGAAGUCGCUCAUACCCAAAGACACAAUGGGCCCCAAGGAGAUUGUCAAGCGGCAGGGCCCCCUCAAGAUCCCCGAGCAUGCCCACUGGCCGAACCCGAACAAGUUCAACAAUGCCGGCAUGCAGCCACCGGUCAACUGGCCCAACAUCGGCAGCGCACGGACGGCACGCAGCCAGUUCUGGCCCGCGCUCGAGGACAUGGCCAUGUACAACCUCCUCGUCCUGGAGGACGGCAUGCGGGAGCCCCACUGGCACCCGCUCACCGGCGAGAUGGGCUACGUCGAAGAGGGCGACGCGCGCAUGACUGUCAUGGAUCCCGAUGGCUCCCUCGACACUUUCACGCUCCAAAAGGGCGACGUCUACUUCAUCCCCGCCUCGUUUCCCCACCACAUCGAGUGCGUCAAGCCGGACCACAUCCAAUUCUUGAUCUUCUUUGAUCAGCCCAUGCCCCAGGACGUGGCCUUCCGCACGGGCGCCGAGCUCAUUGGUGCUGAUGUGCUCGCUUCCAGUCUGGGUGUCCCGCUCAAGGCGCUGCCCGCAAAGUUCCCAGUGGCGACUGCCGACCCACUCAUUGUGGCCCGCAAGAACCCCGUCGACCCUUGAGCCUCUCUUUGUAAUUCGAUUCUGUUUUGAUACACAUCUUGAG